AUGAGUAAUGAGGUAGCUCAGCCGACUGAGCAAGAUCCUAGCCGCUCAACUUCAUUGGAAGGAACGAAAGGAGUUAAACCACCUACCCUCGACACUUCCAACUUCACCGCAGUUUCCCAACCACCCAGCUCAUCUACACAACAGUCAACUACUCAAAACACUUUGACAGGAGAUUCCGAUAACGGUUUGAAUUCGACUACCAACGUCGAAAAAGAUCAAGGACGAACCAGCGAAACAUUAACUGAAACUCCCAAGAAGAACAAAGACCUACUUAAAGUUCCAUCGAGAUCGUCUUCCAACAAAAUUCAGCAUUCGCCAACUUCUACAGGUUUAAGUGGAGCGACGGCGAGCGAGGGAAGAGAGAGCAUAGGUGGGCGAUCCAAGGAAUCGAAGGGUAGUUUUCUUGGGCGAAGGCGGAAUGGGAGUGCGGCAAGCAGCAAAAUGUCGAUAAAAUCACCUGGAAAUCCUACGGGCGCUGCAAGUUCCUCGCAACCAGCAGUUCCAGACGCUCCUUCAGUUCGUCAACCAAAAAAGAAGAAGAGCUUUCUUUCUCUUCUUUGUUGCGGUACUCCGGACCACGCCAAUUCUUUGGAUGCACCUGUUCCUGCCAAUAAGGUCUCCAAAUUUAGUUUAAGCCGCCCUACAACAGCUAAGCAACCUGACUCGAGCAAGAUGGGACAACAAGCCAGUGUUCCCGCGGUACCACAAGUAGAGAAAGAGAAUCUGCUGCAACCACAACAAGCGCCUCAAGUCGAGAGUGGAGAGGAGAAGCAUGACACAACAAGCUCUCAGGAAACCGCCAGAGCUACCCCCUCCUCCUCGGAUGCCAAUGGAGAGCUGAAUCGUCCAAUCAGCAACGCUCGCGAUCAACCUUUGCCAGACUUGCCCACUGUCGUAGAAGCAGAGCCCACGCUACCUGAGACCGCAAACCCAACAGUAUCUGUUGAUGCUCCAGCGCAGUCCGAAGCGGCAAUCGGAGCUGCAUCUCCAAGUUCGGAUCUGGGACAGCAAGAUGGUGGAGACGAGAAGGUCGCAAACUUGGAUCCAGGAACCACCGAAACCGAGGAGGCCCCAUUACCACUCCCAAAAGAUGAACCAAUGGCUGGUCAAACUCUUCCACCUCCCCCACCCGUUCCUCAAAUACCAACUACCGAAGACGUCACUGAAACGGAAUCUAUAGAGCAAAAACAGCAAUGGCUCUUGCCACCAAUUGCACCAAGAUUCAAAGGGAAAAAAUGUCUGGUUCUUGAUCUCGACGAGACUUUGGUUCAUAGUAGUUUUAAGAUCUUACACCAAGCAGAUUUCACCAUUCCCGUAGAGAUUGAAGGGCAGUUUCACAACGUAUACGUCAUCAAGCGUCCUGGCGUUGAUCAAUUUAUGAAGCGAGUCGGGGAGCUCUACGAGGUUGUGGUCUUCACAGCUUCUGUUUCUAAGUAUGGUGAUCCACUUCUCGACCAACUUGACAUUCAUCACGUUGUUCAUCAUAGACUUUUCCGUGAAAGUUGUUACAAUCAUCAAGGAAAUUAUGUAAAGGAUCUUUCUCAAGUCGGUCGCGAUUUGAGAGAAACCAUUAUCAUUGACAAUUCUCCCACCUCUUACAUCUUCCACCCGCAACAUGCUGUUCCUAUCAGCAGUUGGUUCUCAGAUGCUCACGACAAUGAGCUUUUGGAUCUAAUCCCAGUUCUUGAGGACUUGGCCGGCUCGCAGGUCCGAGAUGUCAGUUUAGUUCUUGAUGUUGCGCUCUAA